ACCAAAGUUUCUGGAAGCAAAACACACUUCUUCCUUCGCUGCUUACUCCCUCCAAGUAACCAAACCACACCAACCAACGGCCAACGCCGUAGCCCAUGACCCAACCCCGCGAACCCGACGCCUACCCGACCCAAAAGAAGCCCGCCGGAGCCACCGCAAUGAGACUGAUAGUUCCACUCCAAGGCGUCGUCCAAGGCAGAGGUGGCCUUAUCCUCGGCUCUCUUAUCCCCUGUGCUCUCUUCUACUUCCUCCAGCUCUACCUAAAACGACACCGUCCCUCCAAACCCCCAUCCAACCCUCCUUCCCCGUCCCACUCCUCCUCGAACCUCGCCGAGCUCCAGAGAACCUUGUCGCGGUCCAACUUGUCCACCCGUGGAUCCAUGGGCCGAGUACAGGUAUCCUCCCGGGCGAGUUGGAUUGCGAAGCCAAACGACUCCCCGUAUUAUAUCGGGUUGGAUAGGGUUUUGGAGGACCCGUACGAUAGGGUGGACAAUCCGAAUGGGGUUAUUCAGCUCGGGUUGUCCGAGAACAGGCUGUGUUUGGAUUUGAUUGAGAAAUGGAUUACGGAGAAUUUGACGCAAUCAAUUUUCGGAGACGACGGUGGUGAUUUGAGCAUAAGUGGGAUUGCGGCGUACCAGCCGUUCGAUGGAAUGACUGAGCUGAAAGUGGCUAUGGCAAGUUUCAUGUCUCAGGUUAUGCGAAAAUCAGUGUCAUUUGACCCGUCACAAAUAGUGUUAACAUCUGGUGCAACCCCUGCAGUUGAGAUAUUAAGCUUCUGCUUAGCAGACCAUGGAAAUGCAUUUCUCGUUCCUACACCUUAUUAUCCUGGUUUUCACAGGGAUAUAAGAUGGCGAGCAGGAGUGGAGCUGAUUCCCGUUCACUGUCGCAGCACUGACAACUUCGCUUUAAAUAUAACUGUUCUUGAACAAGCAUACAAUCAGGCUAGAAAACGAGGAGUAAAAGUGCAGGGAGUUCUCAUUUCUAACCCUUCAAAUCCCGUUGGUAAUUUACUUUCACGGGAAACACUGUGCAGUCUUUUAGACUUUGCCCAAGAGAAGAACAUCCAUAUCAUUUCUGAUGAAAUAUUUGCUGGGUCUAUGUAUGGAAGUGAGGAGUUUGUAAGCAUGGCAGAAAUUAUUGACACUGAAGAUUUUGACAAGAACAGGGUUCACAUAAUAUAUGGGCUAUCAAAAGACCUAUCUAUUCCAGGGUUUAGGAUUGGGGUUUUAUAUUCUUAUAAUGAGAGUGUUUUGACUGCUGCUAAAAGGUUAACAAGAUUUUCUCCCAUUUCUUCUCUGACCCAGCGGCUUAUUAUUUCGAUGCUCUCAGAUGCAAGAUUCAUUCAGGAAUACCUAGAGAUCAACAAAAGGAGGAUACAAAAUAUAUAUGAAUUAUUUGUGGCUGGUUUGCAACAAUUAGGAAUCAAGUGUGCAAAGAGCAGUGCUGGCUUAUACUGUUGGGCUGAUAUGAGUGGAUUAAUUCGCUCUUAUGGUGAGAAAGGGGAACUCGAGUUAUGGGAUAAGCUGUUGAACAUUGCCAAGAUCAAUGUGACUCCUGGGUCAGCCUGCCACUGCAUAGAACCAGGAUGGUUCAGAUGUUGUUUUACUACUUUGACUCCAGAGGAUGUUCCUGUAGUUAUAGACCGAAUCCGAAAAGUUACUGAAACAAUUAAGUCGUCCAGUUAGCUGAAAUACUACAAAAUUUUGUGGCAUUAUAGCUUUUUGGGUGCGUACGGUGUUGCUCUAUAAGAAGAAGCUGUUAUAGCACUCGAGAAGAGGGGUAUGCUGUGGAUAAUCACAGAAUAGAUAUUGAAGUUAAACAUACAUCCCAGCGUAGCUCUCUUGAGGUAUUUGCAUAAUA